AUGGCAAGACUUAAAAAUAUUGCAAAAACUACUCAACUUAGUACCUAUUCUGUUUUAGGAACACUGACAUCACAGACCACUUCAAACAUAGCUGGACAAUUUCCGAGUACAACAGGAUUAAAACGAACAAUUCAACGAGUUAGAAAAAUAGAAAGAUCAGCUCCUCGUGAUCCAAAAUCAUAUGAUAUUCCACGAACUAACAAUUCGGUUGAGGGUUGGCAUAAUUGUUUUAGUUCAAUGUUAAGUUCUCGYCAUCCUUCUAUUUGGAUUUUUAUCGAUUCACCAAAAAAAGAAGAAAGCUUAAACCGUCUAAAARUUGAACAGUAUAUUGCUGGCAUUAAACCUCCGAAAAAGAAAAAAUACAAAGAUUCUGCGAUUCGACUUAAAGCCAUAUGUGAUGAUUAUGAAAAUCAAUCAACUAAUGACUACCUGCGCGGAAUUUCUUUUCUCGAUCCCGUCAAUGGCGAACAGCUGAAACUCAUGUGCACCGACACCGUGUGCACCGGACGAGUAUUGCACGCUGGAGUGCGGACGCUGCAGUCGGCCAUCGUCCGGGAACGGUCGAACCGACGGGAAUACGUGGACGGCCUGGUGCGUUACAUGCGCGAGCUCCACAAGCUGGACGAGUCCAAGGAGGAGUUGCUGGAAGGCCUGGAGCGGAUGCGGGCCGGCGUGGACGGCACCGUGGACGCUCUCCGGGUGGACGUGGAACGGGCCCACGGCGAGUACGAGGAACGCAAGAAACGGUUCUUCCGGUUUUCCGGCGCCGGCGUGGACGGAUCCGAACCGCAAGAGCUGGCCGUCACAGCCGCCGACCACAAUUUCCAGUCGCUGUGCUUGGACGUGACUGCCUUUACUGACUCGUCGUCACCCGACCGUGGCACCYGUUGGCCCGGUGACAUCGACGACGACGACAAUGACAUCGAAGCCGACGAUGACGCCAACGCCGCCAUUACGAUCUUCCGACGGCUCCGGCGAGACGCCGAGGCUCGCGAUGGCGACGGCUGUCGGUCGAGAACUGACGAACUGCUGACGCUCUGGCGCGCCAUCAGAUCCGUGUCCGAGUACAACCGGACGCUCGAGACGGCCGCGCGCGAGCUCGACGAACAGACGAAUUCGCUGCAGACCAGCUUGAGUUGCGCGACGGCCGUGUGCACGGCGCUAGACGCRGAUCAGUCGGACAAAAAGUGCCGGGCUGCCGUGCUGGACGACUUCUGUGCGGUCACCGAACAGAUCACGGCGCAGCAGAUGAGGAACUUGGAAUUCGGCCGCAUGCUGGCCGUCGACGAAAGGCAGAUCGACGAGGAACUGCACAAGAUCGAACAGCUGAAGGCCAAGGUUGCCAGGAAAAAGGAGAAAAAGCAAAAGCUUCUUGAGCAAACAGACAGUGUGAAAAGUCAACUAGAAGUAUACAAAAUUCGUUACGAAGACUUGAAGAGGAAAAGAGCUCUUCUUGAAGACAAUCUAAACAUGACAAAAUGUUCACCUAGUAAAUUGGUGAAUCAAACAGAGCAACAAGGUUUUGGACAGAGAGUGAAACAUUUGGAACAACUMAAAAACCAAUACAACAAACUGGCUAAUAAAAGAGAUGCGUUAAAACUGAAAAUYCAGAGUCAACAACAGGUGGUCAAGACACCUCGUCGAAUAAAUACAUUUUGCAAUACUUAGCUACACUAUUUGCAUAGUUUGCUACAAUAAUGUAUAGAUUUCACAAAUAUUCUUGUAUAUUUAUAAGUCUUAAAAGCUUUCUUUUCUACUGAAAUCAAGCUCAAAAUUUAAUUAGAAUUUUAAGCAUUAACAUAAUAUAAUUU